GAUGUAAAAACUUGCUUUUAAUAAGAAGUAAGUAUAACUAUAAUCAGAUUUUUAUUUUUUGGUUGAAUAACAAAAAAGUAAAGAACUCCACCUUUCUAUUGUCUAACUGAGUUCUUUUUUUUUUUGUCCUCUUUCUCAAGAAUUUUUGGCGCCAUGUAAUAAAUAUCGAACGCUGGCAAGAAAAACCGAUCCAAUUAUUACACUAGCUGUGUUUGUAUGCAGCCUGAAUACAUCUGAUUGACGUUUUAUUUAAAGUUCCACAAUUGAUCGUGAAACGUUUCGACAGUUGACCUAACAACCGACUAGAAUAAACGCCACCCAAACGCUAAACCUCUGCUCUGUAGAGUCUGAAAACCUUUCACAACACGGCACAUCAAAAAAUGUUCUCCAUUUGGGUUGUCUCACUGCUGAUAACAAUCUUCCAGAUUUCCUCAAGUCACUCUCGCGGCGCCCAAGAUGUUGUCCUGAGCAAGAACGAGGCUUUAUCUUUUCACAAACGCUUUAUCGGUGACAAUAACAUAGACGAGGAGUGUUACGGAGAGGAAUCGUGCGAUUUUGAGGAAGUGGUGGAAAAAUUUGAUCAUUCGGAACAAACGUACGAAUAUUGGAACACGUACCGCUGUAAUACCUCAAAACAUCACUGCAAAGACCUCGCGUGCCGCGGUUAUCCAAUCGGUAUGGAGAACGGAAAGAUCCUGGAUGGCAACAUUGUUGCGUCGUCAUGGCAAGAACCUUUCCACGCCUUCCGACCUGAGGCGGGUCGCCUUAACAAUGAUGACGGCGUUUGGUGUCCCAACACUCUAGGGGAAGCGGAUAAGGAGUAUUUUCUUCAAGUGGAGUUUCCGGCUAGAUACAACGUCUGUGCCGUCGCUACUCAGGGCUCCCCUCUCCACAAGACCGACUGGGUGAAGAAAUAUCGGAUUCAGUACUCCUUGGACGGCGAGAACUUCACGCUGUAUACUGAAAAUGGACCUGUGAAGGAAUUCACAGCUAACACUAACGCAAAUGACAUGGUGAAAAAUGAUUUAAACCGACCAAUCACAGCACAUUUCAUUCGGUUCCUUCCGGUGGAAUGGAAUUACAAACCCUGUAUGAGAGUUGAGGUGUACGGAACUGCUAUCGCUUGUCCGUGGAAAGCCAAGAAUGACAAAUGCUGCGUGUUUCCUUUCACGUUCAAAGGAAAGAAACAUUACAAAUGCAUCAUAGAUUGGGUGUGGAUGCCUUGGUGUGCUACAACGUCAAACUUUGACAAGGACGGCAAGUGGGAAAACUGCCUUCCAAGU